GCGGGGCGGCGCGAGGGCCGGGGCGCCGAGGCGCGGCGGGUCCAGGGCGGGCUCGGUGGGCCCGCAGCCCCCCGCCUGGGCCGGCGGCCGCAGCCUGUGGCUCGGGAGCCACCCGCGGGCGGCGAGCCGGUCGCCGGACUGGACCCCUCGUGUCUUCGUCAUGUGGGUGCGGCUGGAGGAGACGGGGGAGAUGUUCCGAGCGACAGACUGCCGCGCUGACAUGACCGUGCGGGAGCUCAAAGAGGAGCUAGAGCUCAUGGUCGGCAUCCCCUUCAACCUCCAGCGGCUCCAGUACCUGGAUCAAGGAGUUUUGAUGGAUGAUACUACAUUAAAGUUCCAUGAUGUUGUUCCUGGUGGAAUUAUUUCAUUAUGUAUCUGGCAUUGUGAUGGAUGGACAGAACUGGUUUUGGCGGCUGUGGAAGGGGAUCUCAGUAAGCUAUCAUGUCUAGGUAUUACUGAAGAUUCUUUCUACCGAACUGCUAAUUCUCAACAUUUGAAAGACAAGAAGUGGAAGAAAUGGGCAUCUCAGAGGGCGUUCGUGGCAUUGUAUAUCGCCUCGCACAGAGGCCACGCGGAUGCUGUGCAGUACCUUCUAGAACACGGGGCCAGCUGCUUCGGCAAAACCCCAUUGGGCAGGAUGGCCCUGCACGCGGCUGCCGCCAUGGGCCAGGUGGACUGCAUCCGCCUCCUCCUCAACCACGGGGCCUCCAUCAACGAGAGAGACGCCAAGGGCGAGAGCCCCGUCUCCAUCGCGCGGCGGCUCAAAUGCAAGCAGAGCGAGUGGUGCAUGCUUCUCUACCAGUGGAUGGCUGAGGCACGGGCAAGGGGCCCGUCGGACUUGGUCAUGAAAAGGGUUUUUCAGAGAACAAAGUCUGGGUUUGGCUCCAAGAAGACCAGAAAUUAGCUGCCACCGGGAACUUUUGCAUGCCGAGGUUGACUUGGGUAACUUUUCAGAGUUCAAUUUCACAGUGGCCCUUGGUAAGCAGAAAACAGGAAAACACGGCAAUUAAUCUGAAUCAGAUCCUGAAUUAUCUGUCCUGUUCGCAAAUGACCGCAGGAGGGUGAUGAUGGAGGUGGGUCAGCUGGUGUUCCUUUGGCCAUCCAUUACAGACCCAAAGCCCCGAGGCAGCCUUUAAUUCCAAGCUAUUUAUAUAUUGUGUCCAAUAACACUAUUCAGGGUGAUGAGAGCCAAUUCCCUUCUCUCCCUUAUGGAGAGGGCCCGUCUCAUCUGCAGAGCAGGAUUAUAAUGAUAAUGAUAAUAACAGUAUUGUUAUUGUACAAAACAAGCGCUAGCAGAUGUCAGGAGAGUGCACUAGGGUGGGCUGUGGAUUUCACUUUGUAAAAUUCCUGGGACAAAAGGCUCCUCCGGCUUAUAGUGUUCCAGCAGUUUCCCUGAGCCACCUUUGAGGGGUUUGAAUUGGGAGUGGAAGUGAAGCUGGUGCGGGGGUGAUGAGGAGCGGGAAGUGGGGGGGCUUCUCCAAACAUGCUCUCCAAAAGGGGCGCUUAGUACCAUUGCUCAAAGGCAAGGCCUUGGCAUUAGACCUGGAGGAAGCAGUGUGAGAAGACAACAGUCUCCUGGAGAAGGGGUUGCAGAGCUGGCACCCGCUUUCCUUCUGCUCCAUCCUCAAUGGCACAAGCACACGCCCCCACCCCAGCUUUCUCCCUUUCCUGCCAGCACUGGGUGGCUCCCUCUUCCUUCUACUGGGCAGGCCACAGCUGUGGUGUGGGGGCCUCAUUCUAGGGCCCCCACGUUACAGAAGCUGCAGACCCGGCCCUGCCAGGGCCCGGCCUCCAUGGGGGUGAGCAGGGUGUGGCAAACAAGAGGGAGAGGAGAGGACUGUCUGAAGGGGGCUCCAUGACUGGGUUCCAGCAGAAACAUGAGCCACAGAUGGCUAGACCUUUUCAGAGCUAGAAACCCAGCUUCUUGAUUUAUGUUAAUGCCUGAUUGUCGAGUGUGGCCUGGUACAAACGGAGCAAGAAGGUUGAGGCACAUGGGCUGCUCCCUUGUCAACCGCUAACUUGCCCCACUGAAAAAAGUGGUGGGAGUGACCUUGGACUUGCUAGAACAUUCCGGGGCUCUGAGGCCACCCUUUGGAACUGCCAUGGGUCACACCGGGCAACGUGUGUGGUCCACCUCCUACCCCCAAGGGCCAUAUAUGUUCUCUAAUGCCCUGUAACCUAUGCAACUUCCAGCAUCGCAGUAUGUGGGGAAGGUCUCUUGACCCCUGGAAUUCCAUUGGUGAAGUGGUGGAGAGCAGCCUGUGCCUCUCGGACACCCUUUGUCCCAAUAACUGUGCGGCUUUUAAGGUAAUUGGCCGCAUUUCCUGCUGUCAAAGCAAGUAAAUCUGUGUUGAUGAUGUGGUUUUACACUCAGUAGAAGUGGCCAUGCCCAGCUCAGCGAUCUGGUUGACAAAGAAAAGUCAGGAGAAGAAUAGCUCGGCAUCAACUAUGCCAAAACUGGGAUCUUGUUUUUGGCACACUUUCUCCAAAGUCAAUAGGCAGAUAUUAAAUAACCCCAUCCAAUGGGUCAAUUAAUUUAGCUAAUGGGUCGUAUGGGGGGGGUGCUUGGGCAUUCUUUUAAUUGGCAUCACUCAACAUCACAUGUUUGCCAGAACCCUUGCUAUGCUGUCGUUUUGGUUAGAUGAGCCAAGCAGCAGACACCAAAAUUUAGGGGGCAAACACUCUAUUUUCACUUGCCUCCAAUUCAAUUAAAUGCUUGGUUGGACAUCCAGGCAAGUUCAUAACUCUUCGUGGGCGACAUUUUGCUCCAUCAGCAGCUGGGUGUCAUUUGAGCACUCUUGAAGGUCCCGGGGACUCUUCAUUUCAGACGGUCCCUUCUUAACAUCCUACCUGUGAUAGUAAAACAGUCUGCGUCACAUACGAAACAAAAUGUGUCCACAGCCAUAGAUAAGAGUUGAGUUAUGAUUGGUUGAUAUCGUGUUACACCUUUGUAGCUAUUUCAUUAAACAUUUUAUUUAUUUUGACCUCUUUUUCAUGUUAUGGAGCCAGCAGAAAAAAACAAUUGGCAGAGGGGUAGACUUCAGACCCUUUUGUAAGACCCUGAAAACCCUGUAGCCCCAUGGCGCUGAGUGAUGGACUUCAGCGGUGAAAGAGCUCGGCUCUGGGAUGACCCAAGCAAACCUCACGUCUGCGUCUAGAGGGGAUGAGCCUCCUCUUGAGAGAGGACACCAGCUAGUCUUCUGGUAGACGUUCUCCAAAGUCCAGCCCAAACCUCCAUCCCCAUGUGAGGCUGGCCUUGCCGUCAGCAGAGCAGGAGGUGGUGGGCACACAGGGUUGGGGGUCAGUGUAGACUUCAUGGUGAACCUUGCUGGCUGUGCCACAGGGCGUUGGGUGGGUUCUCUCCUGCUCUGAGCAGGUUUCUUCCAUAAAUAAGGAUGGAGGAUAAUCAUAGAACCUGGUCCCUAUGGAGUGGACAGGCCUGGGAGAUAGGAAGCUCUCAACAGGAGCAAGCUAUUGAUGCCUGAGGGCUUGGUUGGGAAUUCUUGUUGAGUUAUGGGUGAAAUUAUUGGCAUUUGAUGCCUUCCCUGGGUUCUCCAAGUUCUGAUCAGAAAACAGCAGUGACCUAACUCUUUGAGCUCAGUGCCCCAUUGGUGCCAUGCACACCCUUGGGUUUCUUGGAGGCCGCACGGAGAACGACUCAUUGUUAUCAGCAAUGUUGCCCACCAGUGUGCCUUCUGUCAGUCCAGAAAACAGUCUGGGAAACAGCUGGCCUCUCCAGAGAGAUGGACACGGUCACUUUAGGCAGAUGAUGACAGCUUUGUUGGCAAUCCUGUUUCCAUUUUCCUUUGGCUGCCAGGAAGCUCAGAGCCAAAGAUAGUGCCCAUCUAUAGCAAAUAACCAACCUGCACUCCCUUGACCCUCACUUUAUCUCUU